CACGGAGAGACAAUUAGGGAAGUGAUGAUGAUGAUGAUGAUGAUGAUGUUGAAGGGCUUCCCCAAGCCUCCGCAGGCUCAGGUGAGCCCCGGGCUCCAGACUGAGUGCUAACCAUGCUGCGGCACAGCGAGCCGACCUCCAGCACCCUGCAGCUGGUCGCCAACGACAUGACCGACAUCAUGGAGAAGCUGGACACCCGCGAGCUCGACCUGGAGGACGGAGAGUACGACACCACCGACGCCCACGCCUCAGCCGAGCGUCUUCCGUUCACGGCGAUCUACCACACGGUGGGCUUCAAGGAGGCCGAGGCCAACGUCUUCCUGUCGUCUCCGAUCACGGCGAAGAUCCUGGAGGUGGAGCGCUUCACCUCGGCUCAGGACCGCUUCAACCUCACCACGCAGAGGAGCGUCAACAAGUCGCUGCCGGCGGUGUUUAAGAUCGAGAUGAAACACGGGGAGUUCACCUGGCUGGUGAAGAGGAAGGAGAAACACUUCAUGGAUCUCCACAGAGAGCUGAGGACCUACAAGACCUUCAUGAGGCUGCCGCUGCCCACACGCAGCCACACGAUAAAGAGGCAGUCGGCGGCGAGGAGCGAGGGGAGGGAGAUCCCGAACCUCCCCAGAGGAGGAGACGAGCUGGAGAGAGACGGGCAGGUCUCCAGUCGACGGAAACAACUGGAGGAUUAUUUGAACAACCUGCUCAAGAGGCCCAUGUACAGGAACUACCACGCAACGAUGGAGUUCAUUGAUAUCAGCCAGCUGUCUUUUAUCCACGACCUCGGACCAAAAGGCCUAGAAGGAAUGGUGCUGAAGAGAUCCGGUGGCCAUCGGAUCCCCGGGUUAAACUGCUGUGGUCGCAGCCGAGUCUGCUACCGCUGGUCCAAACGCUGGCUGGUGGUGAAGGACUCGUUCCUGCUCUACAUGAAGCCCGACUCGGGCGCCAUCUCCUUCGUGAUGCUGUUCGACAAAGAGUUCAGCAUCAAGAUGGACUCCAAAGAAACGGAGACCAAACACGGCAUCCGCAUCGACAGUCUGUCCAGAUCUCUGGUUCUGAAGUGCUCCAGUUACCGACACGCCCGAUGGUGGGGUCAGGCCAUCGAGGGCUUCGUCCAGAAGCACGGCUCCGCCUUCCUCACCGACCACCGCUUCGGAUCCUUCGCCAGGGAGGAAGUGAACAUCCUCGCCAAAUGGUAUGUGAAUGGACAAAAUUACAUGGAGGACGUGGCCGAUGCUCUUGAAGAAGCCAAGGAGGAAAUAUUCAUCACAGACUGGUGGUUGAGUCCAGAGAUCUUCCUGAAGAGGCCGGUUGUCGAGGGCAACCGCUGGCGUCUGGACUGCAUUCUGAAACGGAAAGCGCAACAAGGCGUGCAUAUCUUUGUGAUGCUGUAUAAAGAGGUGGAGGUAGCUCUGGGCAUCAACUCUGAAUACAGCAAGAGAACGCUGCUGACCCUUCACCCCAACAUCAAGGUGAUGCGUCACCCCGACCACGUCUCCUCCGCCGUGUACCUGUGGGCCCAUCACGAGAAGAUCGUCGUCAUCGACCAAUCGGUGGCCUUCGUUGGUGGCAUUGACCUUGCGUACGGUCGCUGGGACAACCGGGAACACCGGCUGACGGACAUCGGGAGCGUCACGCUCGCACACUCAGAGCAGCCGGAAGCUGCGUCUCCCAACAUGGCCACCCCGGCCAACAGCAGCGGCACCGUUUCCCAGGGCAACGGGCAAGGCAUCUUCACGGUGACGGACUCGGGCGACCAGCCGAGGCUGAAAGGUCAGGGGAGGCCGAAGAGGACCCGGUUCAGCAUCCGGAGACACCUGCAGAAACACGGACUGGCUCAGCCCGACAGCGACAGUGAGCUGGAGGAGGAACAGAGAAGCGACUCUUUGCGUAGUCUGCCUACGGGGGUCGGGGAAUUGAUGGGAAACACGAGGUUCUGGCACGGAAAAGACUACUGCAACUUUGUGUACAGGGACUGGAUUCAGCUGGAGAAACCGUUCGCUGAUUUUAUAGACAGACACACGACUCCCAGAAUGCCUUGGCACGACAUCUCCUCGGUGGUUCACGGGAAAGCAGCUCGAGAUGUGGCCAGACACUUCAUCCAGAGGUGGAACUUCACCAAGCUCGUGAAGCCAAAGUACCGUUCUCUGUCGUACCCGUAUCUGCUGCCCAAAUCUCACACCACCGCUGGAGAGCAGCGAUACCAAGUCCCAAACUGCAUCCCGACCAAAGUCCAGAUCCUUCGCUCGGCGUCCGAUUGGUCGGCCGGCAUCAAAUACCACGAGGAGUCCAUCCACAACGCCUACGUCCACGUCAUCCAGAACAGCCAGCACUACAUCUACAUAGAGAAUCAGUUCUUCAUCAGCUGUGCAGACAACAGACACGUUUUCAACAAGAUAGGAGACGCCAUAGCCGAGCGCAUCAUCAAAGCAUACAAAGAGGGUAAAAGGUACAGAGUGUACGUGGUGACGCCUCUGCUGCCGGGCUUCGAAGGAGACAUCAACACCGGAGGAGGCAGCGCCAUCCAGGCCAUCAUGCACUUCAACUACAGGACCAUGAACAGAGGAGACCACUCCAUCAUCUCCCAGCUCAAGAGAGAGAUGGGAGACCAGUGGAUGAACUACAUCUCCAUCGCCGGGUUGAGGACUCACGCCGAGCUGGAGGGGAAGCUGGUCACGGAGCUCAUCUACGUCCACAGCAAGAUGCUCAUCGCCGACGACAACACCGUCAUAAUCGGUUCUGCCAACAUCAACGACAGGAGCAUGCUGGGAAAGAGGGACAGUGAGGUGGCGGUCAUCGUGGAGGACUCGGAGACGGUUACCGCGGUGAUGGACGGGCAGGAGUACCAAGCUGGAAAAUACGCCCUGCAGCUCCGCAUGGAGUGCUUCAAGAUGAUUUUGGGCGCCAACACUGAUCCCUCCAUCGACGUGUCGGAUCCCCUCAGUGAUCAUUUCUACAAGGAGGUCUGGAUGGCGACCUGCGCUCGAAACGCCACCAUCUACCAGAAGGUCUUCCGAAGUCUUCCGUCCAGCGACGUCCGUAACAUCCUGGAGCUGGAGGGCUACCUCGCCAAGGCGGGCCUGGAAAAGGAGGACCUGGCCCGGGCUCACGAGGAGCUGAAGAAGAUCCGCGGCUUCCUGGUCCAGUUCCCUCUUCAGUUCCUCUGUGAACAAAACCUGCUCCCCCCCAUCGGAUCCAAGGAGGCCAUGGUGCCCAUGGAGGUCUGGACCUGAGACCGAGGGACUCACCUGUACAUCAGGAAGAUUAAUUAGAACAACUCUGGAGCCAUUUUGGAGGUCAUAGUGGCAGAAAACAGUGUUUUUUAUAUUCAACUAUUAAAUUAUUUUUUAUUGUUACAAAACCAACUAACAGCUGUGUCUGAUAGCAUGUUAGCUUUGCACUACAGUGGUUCCCCUCUGCAAAAAAAGAAAUAGCUGAAUGAUCAUUUCUAAUUUGUUUCUGCUGUAAAAUCCUUAAACUUUCCUCAACGUUACACCCGUCUGAACUACAAAACUCUAGAUUUAAAAAGAGAGUUUCUUAAGAGCAGUCAGGAGAGAUAAAAGCUUAGUGUUUGGACAUCAUUUGCAAGAGUCUGACCUACUUACUUUUAUUUUUGUUUAAUAUGAAAAUGAUCACAAACACCUGAUCGUUCUUUCCGUUAUGAUAAUAUACUUUCUAGUGGAAAUGGGGCAACAAAACUAAACAUCAUCUGGGAAACAAACAUGAGCAGUCAGAUGAUGAAACAGAUUGUAAACAAAUGUAUUUGGGCGAGAAAACAAAGGUACUGUAGUGGUGAACACAGUUUUUCUUAGCUUUACUAUCAAAAUUUAGAUAAUCUGGAAACUAUUCUAAACUACUGAUGUAAACAGUUUUGUUGUUCGUCUGACUGCUCGUGUUUCUUUACCUUCUAGUCCAACUUUUUUUAGUGAUGAGCCAACAUACUAAGAUUUCAUCUCAAUAGGAAUCGAUAGCAAAUUGAAAUAAAACAUAGUUUUCUUUUAAAGGGACAGUGUGUAGGAUUUGGUGCCAACUAGUGGUGUGUUUGCAGAUUGCAACCAACUAAAUACCCCUCCAAUCAGCCUCCUUUUUCAAAGAUUGCGGUAACUAGACACGCUGAGUGCAAAACCGUGGUAACGGAAAAUAGAUCCCCCAAAGUACUAAACACUGGUCCUUUAAGAUGAUGUCUGUGGUCAUAGCUGCUUAUCCCAGAGAAGAUUGGUUUUAGCUGCAAAAUGACUUCCAAAAUGGCGUCAGCUGUGGUUGUGAACGAAGCGUUUGUGCCACUGGAUGCAGGUGAAUAUCAUCACACAGACACUGUUUUAUUGGAACAAACAUGGAGACUCUCAGAACUGAUACGUACACAUAGUUAUUUUUUGAACGACACACAUGUACACGCAAAAAUGGAGGGAAGUCGACCAGCAGACUUCGGCCUCCCGUUUACAAGAAGAAAAAAUAAAAAUGAUCAACUCUGAGGAUAUACACGCCUCCUCCUCCUGCACGACCACCACCACCCCCACCACCAGGCUUUUUCCCUACAGUCUCCUUCAUUCGGCAACACUAUGCAACAUCCAGGGCCGGCAAACGCAGCUCUGACUCUUCCGUGUUGAUGGUUUGAAAAGACACUAAAAUAAAUUUUAAAAAAACUUUAAUGAAGACGACGUUGCAGAGAAGAGGAUGAAGAGCUGUCGGACGUCUCCGGCCAUUUUGUCGCAUAUCUCUGAAGCUUUUAAUAUUUAUGUCAAACAGGAAAUCAAAAGUGCCAAAGAUGAAAGACUGUAGCCUGAUGUUGAUGCAGUACAUACCUUCAUUACAUUCCUCAUAUUGUUCUACGUUCAGCCUUAAGUGACCUGUUUUUAUGCUCUGAUCUGGUCUUUGUAGUUCCUUUGGUAACGCUUUACUUUACGGGUCUGUAAUUUCCAAAUAAUAACGUUUUCUGGAAAGAGCUUCUAUAAUUUGGUGCUAAAUAAACAUUAAUUUGUUACGCUAUUAUAAUGGAGACUUUACUGCCUUAUAAUAGUUUUUUGCCUUUAGACAAAGUUUCAUUUUGCAUUCAGCUCAUCUGUGCACCAUCUAAAAGACUCUUAAGUAACAAUUUUAGUUAUUUGAUAUUCAGUAAGUGUGGACAAAUAAUCAUCCUUUCCAGGAAACUGCCGGAUAUUACAGACUUUAAUAAAGCGUUGCCUUUCUGGUUUUUUUUUUUAACUACAUAACUUAUAUUUCAUGCAUGAUAAGUUUAUUACAAUGCUGCGUUUCAAGUUUAUAUAAACAUGCAAUAUUGGUUUGUUGGCGCCUUUGUUUCUGCUGCCCCCAAGUGGCCAAAAAAUCUUGUUGUUCCAGCUUUAAGAUAUCUAUUAGUGCAGUUUUAAGGUUUUGUAGUCAUGGACAUCUACUUCAAGUUUAACUUUAACAUGAUUUUGAAAGUAAGAAACAAUGGUAUGGAGCCUUCAGGCUGUUAAACUCAACGUCAGAUCAUCAGAAUCAGUAUUUUAGAAAACAAGUGGCAGAUUUUCCGACGUUUCUGGAACGCAGCAUCAACGUUCCUCAGUGUCUUCCUCGUUGGACUGUGAGUGAUCUGCAUGACGCUGUAUUGUGCUAUAAACUUGACAAGGAAAAAACACAAGUCGAUACCAGUAGCUGACAGCAUGACAGCAGCUCGUUGCCAUUAAACAUAACAGAUAAAAGCAUGAACCCUUGCAAGCUGAAUGGUUGCCUUUUAAAAGCCAUGGACAUUAUUGAUGCUAAACAGUGUGCCUGUCUACAAGCUGUGCGUCGUCCAGAUGCACCUGAAACUUCUCUACUGUUAUCAUUGAUGGAAAAUGGGACUUUAAAUGUGCUCUUCUUUUUAAUAUUUUCUCUCUACCUCCCUGUGUUUCUACCUCCUGGUCCUUUGCAUGUUUUGAUUCUUUGAAAAUCAGGAAUAUUUGCAGCUACCCCCUCCCUGAAACAUUUUUACCAGGUCAAGUCAUAGGUAAAAGGUAAAAGUUUGCUGUUGUUUGCAAUUCCAGACUGUUUAAAUCUAAAACAGAAAGCAUAUUGACAGACAAAAACUGGAUUCAUCCUACAGAGAUAUGAUCAUAUCAUCAGCAAAGAGGUUGAUUUGGAUGAAAGUAUUUUCCGUGCAUCCGGAAUAACUGAAUUUAAACCAGAAUUGUUAAUAUUAUUAUUGUUUUAGAUAACUUCUCAGUAAUCAGGAACACAGACAUACUUUGCACAUGUAUUCAUAUCAGGUGUAAAUGGGCCUUGAAACCUUCAGCGGUUGCCUCAUUUUUCCCGCAAACCUGACGUCUAGAGGUUUAGAAACCUGUCCUGUAUCUUUUCUCUCUGUCUAGCUUUUUAUCAGUGUCUCUAUGAAAAUGCACUAUUUGCACAGACUUGUUUUUCUUGUGGCGACCCCUUAAAUGAUCUGCACGUCAUUUGUCGCUUUUUUUGUGAAAUAGAUGGAAUAAAUAAAAGAUGUAAUAAGUCAUUGAAA